AUGUCCAGUUUCAAUCCCUUCCGUGCUAAAUCCCUGGAUGGCAGCUCUGCCACAGCUACUGUCUCUGCUCCCCAAACUGUAGAUGUGCCGGACUUGUUCACCAAACCCAUUCAGCCAAUUUCCUACCCCAGAAAAGCCGCGUUAUCACUGGAGAUCGAGUCGGAAGACUCGACAUCGUCAGAUGAACAGACGACGAACCCUUUCAAUCCCGAUUCAGCUGGCAAUGAGGACUUGGAUAAUAUGAUAAGCCCUAGGAGUUCGGAUUCCCUUGAUGGUCUCCCGCGACGUGCUUUGGCCGCUCCACCAGCUCCAUCCAUGGAGGGAUCGUCCACACCGUCAACGGCUUCAACUGUACAAAUCGAACAAAGGCCAUCGAUUGCGAGACCACCCAGCAUAAGAGAAAAUAUCCACUCGUCGAAACCUCGACAAAUAUCAUCAGAGUCUACAAAAGGCACCAGCCCAUCAGGUCGUUCAAUUAAAGACAAGAAACCACCACCACCGCCCCGGAGUCAUCAUGGUAAACCCAUCAGUGUCGCAGGAAAUAUAGAUCCUCCUUCCCGUCCUUCUUCUAGCCGUCUUUCAUUCCAUGCAUCAUCUCCAGAGAUCCUGACUUCGCGAACACCAAACACCGCAUAUACAAGCUCCCAGGCAGAUUAUUUCUCAGUCUCUACAGAGAAUCCCGCAUUAGACUCGACCGAGUCUCUCUCUCGCAGUCGAUCCCAACAUAAGCGGCCCCCAACACCACCUCUCAGCAGAAGAUAUAGUCAGAUGCAUCGAUCAAAGUCCACACAAUCCAAAUCGAGCGUCACUCGAUUACCAUAUGCCUCGCAAGACUCAGAAAGCAAUUAUAGCUCUCAACCCCCGAGUCCAGGACUAUCGACCAGGUCUGUCGGAUCUACCUAUUCUCAAAAGCACAAACAUCUCAGUCUGCCCCCGCUCUCGCUGGGUGAUACGGUCACAUCGUCACCAGCAAGCUAUGUAGACACAAUCUCUCCUCCAAUUAUAAGAAAACCAGUCCACACGCGGCGGACUUCUUCUCACGGAAGUUUAUUGAAUGGCUCGUCUGGGGCACCGCCACCACCUCCACCACCACCCCGUCGGGCUCGGGAUUCCAAUUCCCGUAAUGGCGGUGAUGGCGAUUCCGUACCCCAGAAGGGCGCAGGCGCAGGUGUAAGUGCAGAGAUGCCCUCGCCCUUGUCCAAGGCGUCUAAUGCAAAUGAUAUAUUGGCGGAUCUUUCCAGGUUACAGAAAGAGGUGGAUGAUCUUCGCGGUCACUAUGAGAACCGCAAGCUCAGUGAAUAA